CGCAAUAGGUGUAACAUUUGUCAGAAGCAGUUCAAAAGACCAUCUUCUUUACAGACUCAUCUGUACUCUCAUACCGGGGAGAAGCCAUUUGCGUGUGAUUGGAAAGGUUGUGGUAGGUUAUUCAGUGUCAGAAGCAAUAUGAUUAGACAUCGCAAGCUACAUGAACGA